UUUGUCGUGACCUUCCCUUCUUCACUGUAUAUAAUAUCCUUCACACACCAUAGCCACACUCACAGAAAAAUGACCGAGAAGGUUGCUUAUGGCUCAUGGUCCACUGGUUUAUGUGACUGCUUCUCAGACUGCAGCUCUUGUUGUCUCACUUUUUGGUGCCCCUGCGUUAGCUUUGGAAGGGUGGCGGAGAUCCUGGACAAAGGGUCAACUUCUUGUUGUCUUCAUGGAUCACUGUUCUAUAUUCUUGCUAUUUUUACUCAUGUGGGAGGCUGUAUCUAUUCGUGGGUGUAUCGUGCAAAAUUGAGGGAGGCGUAUGGGAUUGAGGGACACCAUUGUACUGAUUGUUUAGUCAGUUGUUUUUGUCCCCAUUUAUCCAUCUGCCAGGAGUAUCGUGAGCUCAAAGCCCGUGGAUUUCACAUGUCUUCUGGUUGGGAUGGAAAUGUGCAAAUGCAAACGCGUGGCGUGACUUCAGCACCGGCGGUGGAAGGUGGCAUGAGCCCUUGAGUUAAGCGUCGCAUUCAACUCUAUUCAAGUUCUUGUACUAUUGCAUCAUUUUCAGCCUGGAAGCAAAAUGCAGAAACAAUGUAGAACCUUAAACAUUGUUUGUAACAAUUAGAUUACUUUUUAGUAUGUUCACCAGUAGUACUUUUUAUUAUAUGCACCCAUGCCAGUCUUGGAAUAUGUUUAUUUGGUAUGAUCUGUAUAAUACAUUUCAGAAAAAAUACUCAAAA